CGUGUCACACUCAAGGAAUAUCUCGGCCGGGGCGCUCAUGGUCAAGUCUUCCGUGCCGAACACAUCGAUCCUUCCCUCAAAACGGAGUAUGCGGUGAAGCAAAUCUCCAAAUCGAAGCUUUCCGCCACGCGCAUCCAUAUGGAGAUUAAGACACAGUCAAUGGCGUCCGACCACGCCAACGUCGUCGAGCUCCACCAAGUUGUCGAAGACGAAAAGUCGGUUUACCUCAUUAUGCAGUACUGCUCUGGCCGCACACUAUGCGAAGCAGUUGCCUCCGCACCAUUUGGCGACAACUACCUUAUGGAUCUCCGCACUCGUGAUGUAGCAGCUGCGACGCGGUUCAUCAAGGACACAUUCAUCCAAGUUCUCGACGCCGUCGCACGGUGUCACAGUGUCGGCGUUUUCCAUCGCGACAUCAAACUGGAGAAUAUCCUUCUCGACGAAGCAAGGCAGACCGCCUACCUUGCGGAUUUUGGUCUGGCCACCACCGAUGCUCUGAGCAGAGAGUUCCGGACAGGGACGUCGUGGUACAAGAGCCCCGAACAACAGGGCUCAGAGACCAAGUCCAGUGCUUAUUCAAGCCGUCACUGUGACAUUUGGGCUAUGGGAGUUCUGCUCUCCUGCAUGGUCGCCGGACGGCCACCCUGGCAGCAUGCGGAGACGUACGAUCACGAUUUCGCGUCAUACCUC